AUGUCCGGCCGUGGCAAGGGUGGAAAGGGUCUCGGAAAGGGAGGUGCCAAGCGUCACCGCAAGAUUCUGCGUGACAACAUCCAAGGUAUCACCAAACCCGCCAUCCGCCGUCUCGCCCGUCGUGGUGGUGUCAAGCGUAUCUCUGGUCUUAUCUACGAGGAGACCCGUGGUGUUUUGAAGAUCUUCUUGGAGAACGUCAUCCGUGAUUCUGUUACGUACACUGAGCACGCCAAGCGUAAGACGGUCACUGCCCUCGACGUCGUCUAUGCCCUCAAGCGCUCCGGCCGUACUUUGUACGGUUUCGGUGCCUAA